AUGGCAGCCAUUUUAUCAAUCGCAAACGCCGGUCCGAGUUGUCAAGCUCUUGUACAAAUCGAUGGGAUCUCUGCGGUUGCAUGUUUCAAUAAUCACAUCUUCGAUCUCGGAAACGGCAGUCAGCUUGCGAUGGCUUCUUAUCUCCCGUUGCCGUCUGCUGACGUCGUUCUUGUUUUUUCUGAUUUGCAUCAUCAGAUCUUCGAUAAAUGA